AUGGUCGCCCUCCACGCCUCGCUCACCCGGCGUUGGCGCUCCCACUCGGCGAGCCACGCCGAGAACUUCGGGCCGCUCAUCGGCUUGAGCGGCGGGUCCUCGUGGUACCAGCGGCCGCCCCGCGCGAAGUCGAUGAGCUUGUCCGGGACGUACGCGGCGCCGUCGUACUUGCAGGCCACGCGACGGCUGCCGGCGGCGGAUCUUUUGCAAAAAAGCCGCCACGCUUCCUCCACGUUAGACAUUGUGAUACUGAUAGCCGCGCCCCCCAAGCCCCAACCUUUUAGCAGUGUUGCUCCGACCGGCGAGCCGCCGGUUUUUCCAUCGCUCGCCUGGUUCACCUCCACCUCCGCGAGGCAGUCUCCGUGGGCGGGUGCCGGGAGUAGAUCGGAGUUCGCCUUGCUCGUGGGACCGUCGUGGGACGGGAGAAGGCUGUUGCGGACGCAGACGGUGGAUAAAAUGGGGGAUUCCAUCUUCGACAUGCAGGCGGUACCCUCCUCGCUCGUUGAGCUCCAACCUUUCCUGCGCGUCGCCAAGGAGGUCGAGCCCGGCAACUCCCGCGUCGCCUACCUCUGUCGCUUCUACGCCUACGACAUGGCGCAUCGGCUCGAUCCGAUCUCCAGCGGCCUUGGAGUUCGGCAGUUUAAGGACGACCUACUGCAAAGUCUGCAGAGGGACAAUGAUCUUGCAUUAAAAUCGAGGAAGGAGAAGAGUGAUGCGCAAGAGAUGCAGCUGUUCUAUCUUCAUUACUGUGAUAAGUUCAUCCACACGCUCCAGAAUGGAGUUGAUAAGACUAACCAUGCUCAGCUCGCUAAACUGAAUCAGACCGUGGAUGUCUUGUUUGGGGUUGUGAGAGCCAUUAAUAGGCCCCUAAAUGUUGAAUACGAUCAGGCGGUUUUCGAAAUGCACAACAACAUUGAGGAAAAGAGAAAACUGUAUGAUCUUGAUAUUAUCCCCCCGGUUGAUCCUGAAAAUACUGGUCAGGCUAGUGCACAACAGUUUUUCACCUAUCCAGGGCCAUCGAUUAGCAGAGGCGAGGCUCAACGGGACAAUGUUUUUAUUAUGGGGACUCCAGAGGAGAUAGCUGACUCUGAAAGGUGGGAUCAAUUUUCAACAUCAGUCUACAAUGGGUUAAUUUUCAGGGACAGGAUGGACAUAAAAUGUAUGCCAGCUAAUGUACUGGAUCAAAUGGUACACGACAUAAGUGCGGAGCCGAUAAGUAUACCACUAGCACUUCUACAGGACAUCACAGAAAAUUUUGCUGAUGAGCGAAAAAUUGGUCAAGGUGGAUUUGGAGUCGUUUACAAGGGAGUUCUUCCAAAUGGGUGUGUUGCUGUGAAGAAGCUUUUGAACAGCAAGACCAUCGAUGAUGUGCUAUUUUAUCGUGAGACCAAUUUUCUGAUGAGUGUCAAGCACCAAAAUAUAGUACGGUUUCUAGGUUACUGUGCUAAUACAGAGAAUAUAGCCAUUAAAGUGGACGGAUCAGGAAAAUGUGGGAAUUAUAUGUAUCCCGAGUUGAGAGAAAGAUUGCUCUGUUUUGAGUAUGUCAGUAAAGGGAGCCUUCACAAUCAUCUUACUGAUGAAUUAAGAGGACUUGAAUGGCAUAUACGUUAUCAAAUAAUUAAGGGAAUCUGUGAAGGCUUACAAUAUCUUCACAAGGAAAAGGAUAUUGUUCAUAUGGAUCUUAAACCUGACAACAUACUGAUGGAUGAUUUAAUGAUUCCAAAAAUUACAGACUUUGGUAUAUCAAAACACCUUGAUGGAAUAUCACAAGCUGUUACUAAAGGACAUCAUAUGUCGCUAGGAUAUUGUGCUCCGGAAUACCUACACCGUGGCCAGGUGUCAUUUAAGUCAGACAUAUUUAGUUUAGGUGUUAUAAUUAUAGAUCUGGUGACUGGACGUAAGGAGGAUCCUGAUAUUAAAAAUGUACUUAGAAGAUGGAGGUACAGGUGGAAUAGAUCAGCCAAGUAUCCAACAUUGGGAUACCAGCAAGUUACUAAAUGCAUAGAAAUUGCACUACGCUGCGUGUCCCAUGACCCGAAAGAACGACCUUAUAUAUCAGAUAUAAUACGUGAGCUCAAUGAAAUGGAGAGUACAGAUGAGCACAUCAACAGUGCUAAUGAAUUUAGUUUUAGCCUGAUAAGUCCUUACCCCUGGGAGCUGCUUGACAUUGAUCCGCUGGAACUGCAUUUCCCAUUUGAGGCAGAGAAGCAGAUACCAUGCUCACUUCAACUAAGCAACCCGAGGGAUGAUUACAUUGCCUUCUACAUCCAAACGUCAAGUAGGCAGUACUGCAUAGAGCCGAACAAAGGAAUUGUACUGCCCCAAUCCAAGAGCAAUGUCAUCAUAACAUUGCAAGCACAGAAGGAGCCACGUCAUUUGAUGUACAAGGAUGACUUCCUCGUUCGGUGCAUAGUGGUGAAUGAUGAUCUCAGAGCUGAGAACAUCACUAAAGACAUGUUUGAUGAAAAGUCAAGUGAAAUGGUUGAUAAUGUGAAUUUGACAGUGUGCGACGAGCUCCCGCCCCCCUCCUCCUGUGUCGCUGCUUGACCUGGCCGCUCUCCAGAUCAGCACUAGAGGUGUACCAACAAGUCACUAAAAGACGUUGCAUUGCUGCGCCUGUCCACUUCGAGAGUGUAAUGAUCGAUCUUUUCUUGUAAAUAUAUAGAGACACAAAAAACAUAAGUAGAAUUCGUAGGAACUGCUCCCCACAUUGGCGUACGUUGCAGCAUCUGUUCAUGGAACUUUCGCCCAGCAACAUUUGCUGGGGUUUAUUCAUGUACUAUCAGUGGAAAAUGUGUUACAUGGAUGUUCAUAAACAACUGAAGGUUUAAAUAAUCGUAGUUCAUCUCACCA